AUGCAGUUCUCUACCUUCACCGCUGUCUUCGCCAUGGCCGCUGCUGCCAUCGCUGCUCCCGCCGACAUUGAGGCCCGCACUGGCCACGACAACGGCAACAACAAGCCCGUCUGCUCUGCCCAGAGCAAGCAGGUCUGCUGUAACGGCCUCCUUAGCUGUGCCGUCCAGGUCCUCGGCAGCAACUGCAAUGCCAACUCUUACUGCUGUGACACCCAGGCUCCUGUUGGCGCUCUCAUCAACGUUGCUCUCCUCAACUGUGUCGACAUUCUCUAG